GCGCGGAUCCGGGGCGCCCGCCCGGGUUUGGGGCGCCGGGGCAGGGGCGGAGCCAAGGAGGAGCCCAGGCGCCUCAUCUUCCCCCCCAGUCUCCCGCCCCCAAGAAACGAAACCGAAAGAGGGGACCCGGGAGGAAGGGCGGGGCCUCCCGGCCCGAGCCCCGCCCCCUGCCCUGCGCGGCGGCGGGACCGACGGGCGCACCCAGGUAGGGGGGACGGCGGCGCCGCGCAGUGCGGACCCUCGGGGAGCCCUGCGCCGCCGCCACCAUGUCUCAGGAAGGAGUGGAGCUGGAGAAGAGCGCCCGGCGCCUGCGGGAGAAGUUUCAUGGGAAGGUAUCCUCCAGGAAAGCGGGGGCUCUGAUGAGGAAAUUCGACAGUGACCACACCGGAGUGGGGCGCUCCAUCGUGUACGGGGUAAAGCAAAAAGACGGACAGGAACUGAGCAAUGACCUGGAAACCCAGGACCCUCCGGAGGACAUGAAACAGGACCAAGACAUCCAGGCGGUGGCGACCUCCCUCCUGCCGCUCACGGAAGCGAACCUGCGCAUGUUUCAGCGCGCGCAGGACGAUCUCAUCCCCGCCGUGGACCGCCAGUUCGCCUGCUCGACCUGUGACCACGUCUGGUGGCGCCGUGUGCCCCAGCGGAAGGAGGUAUCCCGGUGCCUCAAAUGCCGGAAACGCUACGAGCCAGUGCCGUCGGACAAGAUGUGGGGCCUGGCUGAGUUCCACUGCCCCAAGUGUCGGCACAACUUCCGGGGCUGGGCACAGAUGGAGUCCCCGUCCCCCUGCUACGGAUGCGGCUUCCCAGUGUAUCCGACGCGGAUUCUCCCCCCGCGCUGGGACCGAGACACGGAGCGGCGCAGCAGCCACACCCACUCCUGCUCGGCGGCCGACUGCUACAACCGGCGAGAGCCCCACGUGCCGGGGACAUCUUGUGCACACCCUAAGAGCCGGAAGCAGAACCGCCUCCCCAAAGUCCUGCACCCCAGCAACCCCCACAUCAGCAGCGGCUCCACCGUGGCCACCUGCCUGAGCCAGGGCGGGCUCCUCGAAGACCUGGACAGCAUCAUCCUAGAGGACCUGAAGGAGGAGGAAGAGGAAAGGGGGGGAGACGAAGAGGAGGAGGAGGAGGAGGGCGGCGGACACGGGGCGUGACCCUGUCGGGUACAGACGCAAACCAGACACGGUCUGUGGCCACUUUGUGUUGUCAUAAAACAUGAGCUCAAAUUGAGAUAUAAAAACGGCCUUGGGUCCGAGAGAUUGGUGGGGGGAUUUCUCAGGUCCCGUUUUGCAGGGCCCCGGGGAGCAGAUCCACGAUUGGAGGGUCUCCAGGACGCGGCUACGGCGAGCCACCGAGGAGGUGUGGCCAGGACAGCUCUGGACACAGGGUCACAGCCUCAGGGGCCGGAUCAGCAUGGCGGCUUUUUUGAGAGAGUAGGCCCCGCCACGAAACUCAGCCCAGUAGACGCCAUCCUGGUAGCGGCUGCGGUAGUGACCCCCACGGUGCCACACGCCGUUGAGGUUGGAAUGGGCACAAGCGUGGUACCACCAGCCUCCCCGCUGGUACAGUGCACAGUUACCUGAAGGGCAAAGAGAAUCCAUGUCCUCCCACCAGAAUAAAAGCCUCCACCGACUCUUCCCUGGUGCAAAGCCAGGCAUCCUCUGGUCCCUCUUCCCACUCUCAUUCCUAUAUCCUCACCAAAAUAAGAGCCCUGACCCCACUUUCUCCUUCAGAGUAAUAGCCUUAAUUCUUUCCGUAUCUUCUUACCAAAAUAUAAGUCCCACCUGUCCCAUCCAUUCUGCAAACUAGGAUCUCUACUGCACAUUCCUGUGAGGGAGACAAAACCCUUCUCUACUCCCUUUCCAGAACAAGAGUCCUAGUUCUCGCCUCCUGCUCUAUACCAGGAAUCCUGACUCUUAUUGCCACAUCAGAGCCGGAGUCUAGCUUCCUUAUCCCCUCACCAAAAUAAAAGUAUAUCCUCUA